AUGGAGGCCGCGCCGCACAACAUCCAGACCGAGCGCUUCGAGGCGGAUCAGUACGUCCGUGUGCAGCUCUCGACGGGCCGCUCCGAGAUCGGCGUCGUGCUCAGCAUUGACGAGACCGACGGCACGGCCGUCAUCGCGACCCGGCACGGCUACGACAUCACCGUGCGCCUCCGCAGCGUGCGCCGCGCCUUCCUGCUGGUGCUGGACCUCAACGGCGUCCUGGUCUCCCGCGGGCGGGGGAGCUUUGUCGACCGCCCGGGGGUCGCCGAGUUCAUCAAGUUUGUGAUGAACAACUUCGUGGUGGCGGUGUGGACCAGCGGGCUGGAGCGCACCUCCAACCCCAUCAUAGACAAGGUCCUCGACGGCUUUCAGGACAGGCUGCUCUUCAGGCUCUACCGCGACUCGUGCACGAUGUGGCCGACGCCGGAGAAGCCGUACCGCACCAUCAAGGAUCUGCAGCGCAUCUUUGACGCCUACCCGAAGAGCUUCCAUGCCGUGAACACCAUCAUUGUGGACGAUUCGCCCGACAAGUGCUCGCACCCCGACAUCGCCCUCUGCCCCGUGCCGUUUAACGACCCGGUGAAGCAGGUGGACGACAACGGCCUCGCGCUGGCGAUGGAGGUGCUGAAAGAGGUGCUCCGCACCGAGUCCCUCGCGCCACUGAUCCGCGCGAGCGAGGAGCGCCUGGUGGCGCUUGCGGCGCAGGAGGAACGGAGGAAGCAGGAGGCGGCGGCGGCGGAGUCCACGCCCGCAGGCGCCCAGUCCCCGGGCAACGCGACGUCGGCGACGUCGGCGGAGUUGCCAUCGACGCUUCUCUGGGCGACGCGGCUGUGCUGCGAUCACAUUAACGGCGGGUGCGCGCGUGAGGACUGCCGCUUUAGCCACGGCGUAGACGACGGCAAGCAGCCGUGUUCCCGCAAGGGCUGGUGCCGCCGCGGUCACGCACACCGGUGGACCGAAGUGCCCCCGCUCGCGGAAGCCAAAACCCCGCCGCGCACCGCCGCAGUGAAAACGCUCGGCACUUCGGCCCCAUUUAACGUGUCAAAUAUCGCCUCGCUCUUUUCCACCAACCCAGACCAGCAGCGCGAUCAGCUUCAGAGUAGCAACGCCCAUUCACAGCAGGGGUGGAGCAAACACAACGAUCCACAGCAACCACAACCACAACCACAACAACCACAACCACAACCACAACAACAACAACAACAACAGCAGCGGCAACAGAAACCGCAACGAAAUAGGCGUCAAAAAGAGACGAAGGGUGCGGAACGUCAGCGAGACCGAAGCGAUAGUUCUCUUGGGAAAAAGGAAACUAAUCGUGGGAUGCCAAAUGUGGCGCAAUCGUCGGGGUCCCUUCGCGGGGCACCGCAAGAUGCCGUUGCGGUUGGCUCCGUGGCGCCGGGAUCCACAAGCAUGCGUUUCACCGGUGACAGAGAGGAUGGUAAUGCCCUUCUUCGUCGGCUUCAGGAAAGCUUGUUGGUUGCCAAGGGCGAGGGGACUGCAAACGGGGGGACAAAUAGAGGGAAGGGCAAGCGCCGCUAA